UUUCAUUUUGUGAUCUCAUCAACUUGAGUACUCGACGAACACGACGACGACGACGCAUUCCAAACUCUUGGAGACAACCAAGAACUGGACAGAGGAGGAAAGGUUGGAGAAAGAUGGCUUCUUUUGCAUCGACGGCUGCGGCAACGGUGGCGCCUGGGGGAUGCGUCGCCGGAGCUAGGCGUGGCGGCCGGUGCGCGGUCCGUGCGUCCGCGGCGCUGGCUGUGGCGGCGCCGGCGUCGGCGAGGACGCACUACGAGGUGCUCGGGGUCGGGGCCGGCGCGAGCAGGGUGGAGAUCAAGGCGGCGUACCGGCGUCUGGCGAGGGAGGUGCACCCUGACGCCGCCGGCGGUAGCGGGGGAGCCGCCGGGGGGGACGAGGACUUCAUACGGCUCCACGCCGCGUACGCCACGCUCGCCGACCCCGACGAGCGCGCGCGGUACGACCGCGCCAUGGCCCCAGCGGCGGCGGCGUUCCGGAUGGCGCCCGCGUCGUUCCGGCGGCGGACAUGGGAGACGGACCAGUGCUGGUAGGAAAGAAUCCCGAUGCUCCCUGCCCUACUGCGCCGCAUCUCCGCCGCCAUUGCCGUCGCCCGGAGUCCCCUCAGGCACGGCGGUCGCCGGCGAGUGACGUGGGCUUCCCCUCAACGUCCGAUCCAGUAUGGACGGUCCGAUCAAGGAGGAAGAAGAGGUGGUGCGCGAUAUUUGCAGAAGAGCCCUUGAGGUACUAUCUAUCAUCAAAAAAGUCCUCCGGCGACCCUAAGUUGGGUUCAUCUCGGCCGUUCGAUCGAAUUGUGCGGCGCAGAUUGAGCCGAAAAGAGAAGCGCAGCGCAGGCGGAUUAUUUUCGUACGGAACCCUCAAGUACUCGGUAUUAUCAACCAUGCCCCAUCUUGGCCGGGCUGAACCGAGAUGCCGCCGUGCCGAGGCAUUCCGGUGGCAGCGGUGGUCGCCGGCGUUUCGCCGGAAAAAAGAACACCACUAAUACUUUAUUACUCUCCAUGAUUUUGAUGUUAUUCCUGUAUAUAUGUUGCAAGACGAAGAGAGUCAGUUUUGAAGAACUCUUUUGUGUUUGAUCAGUUUGUGUAUAUAAUGGAUAUAUAUGAUCAAGAAACCAAACCAUUGUUGACGUUUUCCUUUUCAAUCUUCAAAACAUCGUUGAGAACGUAAUAUACUGAAUACAAGAAUGCAUAAUUUUGUAGAUUCA